AUGGAGGGGUAUCAUUUAGAGAGAAAUAAAAAGAAUUGUUCUCCUUCAUGUAACGAUGGUAUUAUUGAAGAAACUGAAGAAUGCGAUGACAAAAAUAAUAUUUAAUUUGACAAGUGUUACAAAUGCUAAUAGAGUUGUUAAUUGGAAUGUCAAAUUUGUAUUAAAUAAAAGUGUUUGGCAUGCUUAGAAGGCUGGUAACUUUUAGAUGAUAUUUGUGUCCCUAAAUGUGGAGAUGGAAUUAUUGCACUUGGGUCUCAAGAAUAAUGUGAUGAUGGUAAUUAAAUUGACAAAGAUGGCUGUGAUAAGUGCAUUUGGUAAUGUUCUCCUUAUUGUAAAUAAUGCAUCAAUUAAAAUUUAUGUGAUAAAUGCAUUGAUAUCGUAAUUCCAGGCUUAGAAGAAUGUGAUGAUGGAAAUGAAGUUCCUUUUGAUGGUUGUUUUGAAUGUUAAUUUGAAUGUUAAAUUAGUUGUGUGAAAUGUGAAUUUGGAAUUUGCUAACAAUAAUGCAAACAAGACCAAAUAAUUGUUAAUGGUUCGUGUAAAAAUGAAUCAGAUGAUUCAUCAUAAAUGGAUGAAAUGGAAUAGGAUGAAAAUAAUAUCAACAAUUAGUUUUCAAUAUAAGAAUGUGGUGAUGGGAGAAAAUCUUAAAAAGAAGAAUGUGAUGACAGUAAUAAUCUUAAUAAUGAUGGGUGCUCAAACAUAUGUCAAAUAGAAGUAAAUUGGAACUGUAAAUGUUUAUAGCAAAUUUUUUCCUAUUACUAACUUGAAGAUUUCGUUUUUGAAUUAAAGUUUUGA